GCACAAACUAAAAAAAUGGUUUACUAUAUAGGUUGAGAUUUGAAAAUUGAGAAGGAAAAAGAAACGGAGCGUCUUCACCGUUCACAUCAAUAUAACCCAGCGAAGUGUGAGUGACUCAAAUUGAGCUACAAGAUUCUCUGUGACUUUUUUCGCAGCAAUGGCGUUUUCCUCAUCAUUCCAUGAACGACUCGAACAAAUGGACCGUACUCGAAUUCAACGUCUCUCAUUACUCCAGGUCGAGAAAGAGUUGCAAUCACACAAAUCUCGUGUUCUAGCCUCAAAGCUUGCAAAUAUCAGAGCCAUGGAACAGAGGUGCUUGCUGUUUGAUCGUAAAAUAGCCUCGCAGAAUUUCAAAAUUCUGUCUCUCAAGUCUCAGAUUGAGAAUCUCGAAGCCAAAUAUGAUUCACUCUCGCAAGAAAUUAGGUCAAUGCAGAACGAGGUGGUGGAGCUUGAAGAGUUGCAUAAAAUGAAAGAUGGAUUUUAUGAAGCAAAGAAGUUGGAAAUGAAGGAAUUCAAGCAAAUGGCUUGCGAUUUUGUAGUGAAAUGUGAAUUGGAAGUUCAGAGUUUGAGAAAUGGUGUCAAUGAGCUGAGGUCUUCUUUCAUGGAUCUUAAGGGCAACAAAAGGAACUCAUGUAAUUCCGAGAUAGAUGCUGCUGAAGCGAGGAGGUUGAGACUAUUGGCUGAGAAGGAAAGUGUAUGUAGAAAUGUUGAUUCUAAUAGCCAAUUAAAAGCACAGUUGCAAAAGCAGCUUCAGAGUAUUAUGUGAUUCUAUGACACAAACAACUCAAGUGAGGGAAUGGGCUUGAAGACUACCCAGCUGUAGAUUGCAUUAGUAACUCUUUUACAAAUAUAUCUGAUCACAAAACCCACCGUCACCGGGUAUAACUCACACUUCAUUCUUAGUUCCUUAGUUUCGGCUUUUAGGCAGAGUUCUCAAGCUUUUGGAGGUUCUGUGUAGGUUAGUCAUAGUUUAGCAAGACCAAAAUAAAUAUAGGCCAUAUUUACUCUCGAUUUAACCUUACAAAUAUUUUAUGAGGUCCUAUUUAGCUAUCAUUUAACACUGAAAAUUUUGAAGCCCGGUGCGGUAGCACGUCUUGCACGCCCUAAAAAACGGUCCAUCUUUUAGGAGCUUAGUCAUUGAUUCAAUAGUAUUAGUAAAAAAAAUGAAAUAAUGUUCUGAUGAGACUUGAUGAGACUGGCCCAGCUAACCCGUGUAAGCAAAAGUUUAGCAACAAAACUUUGAUCAUGGUUUGCACAUUUUA